AUUGUGCACAGAUUUCCUCCUGCCAGAGGCACACCGAGAGCCGGUGGCUGCUCGGCUCAGGUGCCCUGACCUCUACAGGGAGGCAGCCUGCAGCCCGUGCGGCCAGGCGGAAGCGCUGCUGCCAUUGGCCCGGCAGCCACUGUCACCUGCGCGGGAGCCCGGGCCCCCGAGUGCAAAGUCCGCUGUCCGAGCCCUGGGAGCUGGCCCGCCAGCGCAGGUGGUCCACACCAUCGGACCUGCACGAUGCCUCUUGGGCUGCGAGGGAAGAAGAGGGCGGCCAAGUCCAAGGAAACCGCGCGGCUGGUGGAGGGCGAGAGGUCGGGCGGCGGCGAGGGUGUCCCCGGACCCCCAGCUCCUGCACGCAGGCUGGUAUUCCACGCACAGCUGGCACACGGCAGCGCCACUGGCCGAGUGGAGGGCUUCUCCAGCAUCAGCGAGCUCUACGCCAAGAUCGCUGGUGUGUUUGAGAUCGCGCCUUCCGAGAUCUUAUUUUGUACUUUAAACACACCAAAAAUCGACAUGGAAAAGCUCCUAGGAGGGCAGCUAGGUCUUGAAGAUUUCAUAUUUGCCCAUGUGAAAGGAAUAAAAAAGGAAGUGAACGUCUAUAAGUCAGAGGACUUGCUUGGCCUCACCAUCACAGACAACGGCGUUGGCUAUGCUUUCAUCAAGAGAAUUAAAGAUGGCAGCACCAUUGACUCAGUUAAAACGAUCUGCGUGGGGGAUCAUAUUGAAUCUAUAAAUGGAGAGAAUAUUGUGGGAUGGCGUCACUAUGAAGUUGCUAAGAAGCUGAAGGAAUUGAAGAAAGAGGAGCUCUUUACUUUGCAGUUGAUAGAACCCAAGAAGGCAUUUGAAAUUGGACCAAGGUCGAAAGGCGGAAAGACAUCAACAGAAAAAAUUGGUACGUCCAGAGGGACUCUUCGCCUGAGACCCAAGGGCCCCGCGACAGUAGAAGAACUGCCCUCUGAAGCCAAAGCAAAGGCAAUUGAAAAGGUUGAUGAUCUCCUUGAGCUGUACAUGGGAAUUCGAGAUGUUGACUUAGCCACAACCAUGUUCGAAGCUGGAAAAGACAAGAGCAACCCAGAUGAAUUUGCUGUGACCCUCGACGAGACUCUGGGAGACUUUGCCUUCCCUGACGAGUUCAUGUUUGACGUCUGGGGCGCCAUUAACGAUGUGAAGCAAGGAUGAUGAUGAUGUGGACGAGCUUCCUGCGGAAAUGGCCAGAGCUUCUCAAAGGCAGCCUUCCCAAGACUCUUACCUACCUUGUGAGCGCU